AUGGCCGAGACCCUCAGCUCUGAGAGCACGGCUGCAUACAAAGAAGGAAAAGCAGGGGAACAGCAGGCGCUCUCUGGAGGCAGUUGUGCACGGCUGACAGCGUCUGCCGCCCUCAUAACAGUGACGUAUGUGGUCCUCAGCUGCCACUGUUCCAUGAACUCCCGCAAGGUGUGCAGCUGCAAGGGCCGGAAUCACCUCUGGCCCCCUCAUAACCCAUCUGUCCCUGAGGUUAAAGGUGCCACCUCCAGGCCCUGUAACGAGUGCUCUGUGAGUGACCCGAAGCCCAGCACGCAGGCACCCAUGGACCUCCUCACACUGACAGCCGUUAUGAAGGAGCACAACCCACCUUUGAACUGGACUCUGGCUGACUUGAAACCUUCCUGCUUGAUCUUUAUCUCCUGCCUCCUUCUUCGUAGUAGAGAAUGCUUUUGUUAUAAUGUCCCGUGUGAGUUAGGCUACAAAGGGGAGGAGGCCCCUGUCAUCGUGGGCUCUGCCAUCUGUGCCCUGGAGCAAUGGGACACCGAGCUCGGCGUGAAGUCGGUGCAGAAGCUGCUGGACGCCGUGGACACCUACAUCCCGGUGCCCACCCGCGACCUGGAGAAGCCUUUCCUGCUGCCCGUCGAGUCUGUCUACUCGAUCCCGGGCCGGGGCACAGUGGUGACAGGGACGCUAGAGCGCGGCAUCUUGAAGAAGGGAGACCAGUGCGAGUUCCUCGGCCACAGCAAGAACAUCCGCACGGUGGUGACAGGCAUUGAGAUGUCCCACAAGAGCCUGGAGAGGGCCGAGGCCGGGGACAACCUGGGGGCCCUGGUCCGAGGCUUGAAGCGGGAGGACCUGAGGCGCGGCUUGGUCAUGGCCAAGCCGGGCUCCAUCCAGCCCCACCAGAAGGUGGAGGCGCAGGUUUACAUCCUCAGCAAGGAGGAGGGCGGCCGCCACAAACCCUUCGUGUCCCACUUCAUGCCCGUCAUGUUCUCCCUGACCUGGGACAUGGCCUGCCGGGUGCUCCUGCCCCCAGGGAAGGAGCUGGCCAUGCCCGGGGAGGACCUGAAGCUCAGCCUAAUCCUGCGACAGCCAAUGAUCGUAGAGAAAGGCCAGCGUUUCACCCUGCGGGACGGCAACUGCACCAUCGGCACAGGCCUCCUCACAGACACGCCCGCCAUGACCGAGGAGGACAAGAGCAUCAAGUGGAGCUGAGCUGGGCUCCGCUCAGGACGUCUGGGGUUGAGGGCCGCCCUGGCCAGUGUUCCCUCCCCGGCAGAGCGCAGCCACAUGGACACUGCCUGCGCUCAGAGGGCUGGCCUGCCAUGGCGGGUGAGGUGGGCCAAUAAACUAAUGU